AAAUAAUGUGACUAAUAAGUGCUGAAAAAGAGAGGCAAUGAAAUAAAAAAAAAAUAAUCUUAGUGCAAAUUUCUCAUUGGUGGCAGACACUGAUGCCAAAAUAGAAACCCUGGAAUUGACGAAUGCCCCAGCCCACGCUGCAGUUAUUUAAUUAGUGAUUUAAUUGUGCCCAGAGGCACACGGGCUAGGAAUUAUCAGGGGGUGCCCACAGGAAGUGCGGGGCUGUGCUCGCCACCGGGGGCUUCUGAGCCCGAGCCCCAGCCCCAUGGCUGGAGGGCAGGCGCAAGGCCGGAGAACCGGCGCAGGCAGCGCGGUGUUUCCACCCCACCGGGGCCGCUGCGUUCCUUCGUUCCCUUCCGAGCCGAACAAGCGGGGCGAGAACCGUGAGAAAGGGAAAGGGGAGCCCGGCCCCGGGCCACAGCCGCCGCCCGCUGCCCCUGGGCACAAGAUGGCGGCGGCCGUAAGGGAGCCCGGGGCGGCGGAGGGCCGGGGGCGCGUUGGGGGCCCGGCGGCGCGGCGCUGAGGAGGCCGCCCGGGCCUCCGUCCCCUCCGCGCCUUGUGACGGGCUCCCGGGGCCCCGCGGCGGGCAGCGAGGGCCGGGGAUCCGUGUACCGGCCCCGUGCCCCCGGGAUGUCGGCGAUGAGCAGCGCCUCGGAGGAGCGGGAGCUGCAGGAGCGGCUGCGGGAGGCGGCGGCGCUGGGGGACGCCGAGGAGGUGCGGAGGCUGCUGGGGCUCGGCGUGGACCCCAACUCCCAGAACGAAGUCAACGGCUGGACAUGCCUGCACUGGGCCUGCAAGCGGAACCAUGCCCAGGUGGUGGCUUGUCUGCUGGCUGCUGGUGCAGACAAGCAGAUCCUCACGGCCACCGGGGAGCUGGCUGCACAGUUAACUUCGAAACCAGACAUUCGGAAGAUUUUGGGAGAGGAAGAAAAUGAAUGUCAAGGAGCGAAAGAUUUAAAUUUGCCAGUUGUUGCAAACUAUUUGGCCAACCCACCAUUCCUUUAUGUCUAUACUGAAGCAAGCAUUCCAGACAGCUUGGCAGAAUCCCUGAAUGAAAGUGCUUCCAUCUCUUCCGCUUCCCAGAGUGAAACUAGUCCUUGUUCAUCAGCAACUCAGGUUGAAAGCAUAUGCACACCUACAUCAUGUAACAGCAACGAUGAUUUUCCUGCGCCAGAUGCUGCGGAACAGCUGCCCAGCCCGUCAGCACCUACCACAGCACCAACAUGCGUAAUGCCCGAAAUGCAGAACGGCCCUGUUUGUCAGCCACCCUUGUCUCACAGCAGAGGUUUCUUUUCCUCUGUAGCAUCAAACGAGGCUGUACCUCAGCAAACUGACAGUUCACCUACUGGUCCUGCACCGACGUUUCAGCCCUUUUUCUUUACUGGAACUUUCCCGUAUAACAUGCAAGGUAAUGAAGUGCAAUUUUCAUCCUUCUAUUAUGCUCCAUUCCAUGUUUUUGGUAUCAAGGGAGAACUUGUACUUAAGGUGAGAGUCCAGAAUCUCAGAGACAACGACUUCAUUGAAAUUGAGCUAGACAGACAAGAACUGACUUAUCAAGGUCUACUCAGAGUGAGUUGCUGUGAAUUGGGUGUAAAUCCUGAACAAGUAGAGAAGAUAAGAAAAUUACCUAAUACACUGGUAAGAAAGGACAAGGACGUGGCCAGACUUCAGGACUUCCAAGAGCUGGAGUUAGUUCUUGUGAAAAGUGACAGCUCUCCCUUCAGAAAUGCUGCAUCAACCUUGACUGAGAGACCAUGCUACAACAGUAGAGCAUCAAAGCUGACUUAUUGACUCUUCUAGAUGCACUCUAGAAUACAAAAACCUGGUAAUUAUAUGAUGCUGCCUUUUGAAGGCAGUGAAUUAAGCAUCUAUGAAACCUUAAGUUAUUGUUAGGGUUAAUAUUUUAACUAAUAAUUUAUCUUUGAUAUUUAAUAACCCCUUCGCUUUUAUUUUUUUACUUGAUACUGUAUUCAGAUAAAGGAUACCUCAUGUCUACUAAAAUCACAUGCUUCCAGUGCUGUUCAAUUCAGUUUAUUGUUUGUAUUUGGCAACAGAGGGCAGCAAAGAUUGAAUUGUUGAUAGAAAAGUAUGUUGAGUAUUCCCACUCUGUCUUUUCCCUGACUCUUACUUGGUCAUACAGGAAAUAGUGUAUGUAUGUAUAUGUUUUUGAACUUCCUGCUUAAGUUACAAUUCAGAGGGUAUUUGGCACACAAUGAACGGCUGCUCUCUAAAAACGUAGGAUUCCUUAAUCUCUUCCCCCUUCACAAAGUCUUACCAGGAUGCUAUUGUUUUCUUUCCACUUCUCCGCAAAAUUAUAAGCGAAUUGAAUGUCACUUAAGUACCAAAUGAAUGCUGAGCAGUGUUUUUUGAAUUUGAGAAGGAUUUUUCACAUUCACGUUUAGGCCCAGGACUCCAGUGCAAUAGUAAUGAGGACAACAAGCAUUCUGCAUUUGUAAGACCUGACUGUGCAGCAGGCAGUUACCUCAACUGCCCUGUGCAAGCCAACCCCAUAGGCACCUGCACUUGAAGCACAGCUGUAGCCCAAGGGUAUUGCUAUUUAAAGAAGUCUUUGCUUCCCGCAGCAGCGUGGUGCUGGCCAUGCUGUGUUUAGACACGAGCUGGUACAUAUGCAAGGUACUGCAUACAGCCUGUGCCAGUGCUAGCUUCCAAUGCCACACCAUACUGCAGCGUGUGACAUAGACACAGCCUUACUCUCCUCCACCUAAACGCAGUUCCAUAGUAUGACACCACUGCAUCUACCUUAUGAGACUAGAAAUAUUUAAUGCUCUCAGGUAACAGGAGAAAAACUGUUACUAGCCUGAAAAUAAGAAUAGUGAGGUAAGACUGCCCCCAUUUAAAUACUUGUUUCCUUCUCUUAUAAGAAUAUCAUAACUUAAGUGAGGGCAUCCCUUCAGUUCCACAAAAUCUUAAAUUAAAAAAUGUUUUUUUUAUAAGUAUUUAAGGUACAAAGCAAGUUAACACGCCUAUUCAAAAGAAAGCCCUUAUGUUUCAGAUAGAGCGGGCAUCAUAAAGCUGUGACCUUUGUUUUUAUUUUCCCAACCAUUUGGGGAGACUAUACAUUAGACACACCAAAAGCCAGUACUGUCAGGUAGCUUCUGUAUAGCCCAGCCUCAAAGACCAGUUACAAGGUGCGUGGUUAGCUUCUGCUGUGUGAGGAGCAGGAGAGGCACAACAGUAUAGUCUUGAGGUAUCACAACUCUAAGGAGCGUACUAUGCUCCUGAUUAGCCAUACUAAACUGGAAACAUAUACAAUUGUUAAAUAACCUGCAACUUUACCAUCACUUUUAAGUAGUGUCAAAAUUGUUAGCCAGACGAGUACCUAAAGGGCUGAAGGCCUCUAAGUGUUUUCAUGAUUUUGGGGUGGAGGGAGAGAAACAGCUGGCUAAGAUGAGGACUGCUUUAGCUAGCACUGAAGCAAGUCAGUAAUGAAAAUAUUCAUAAAACCACAGAUGGAUGGAUGGAUGGCAAAAGUCAUCGUUAAAACACACCUUGUCGGAGUCACUCCUUUUCACUCCAAAUUUUCAUUAAGGUAGUUAACUUGCAGUAUGCUGAAAUAUUAACAGCCUGAAACUUUGAGCUAAUGCCAGUAUUCUGCAAAGCUAAGAAGCUUUUUGUUUUCUCCUAUACCAAAAAACUAACGCAACAGCCUUUACACCAAAAAUGUUGAAAGGGUUAUGGGGAGUAGAGUUAUUUUUUUCUGAACCUGAGGGUUUGUUUUUUUUAAUUUGAUACUGAUUUUCCUUCAAUCUCUGCUUUAUUAAGCUGCAUUAGAGCAGAUUCUUUAUGCAUAGCUGGCACAGUGUUUGUUGUUGAUCUGGAUUGCAGUGUUGACAUUCAGACCAUAAAUAGUACAAUCAACAUGUUUUGGUAGGAGCAGCAUGGCUGCCACAAUUUCUUAGCUUCCUGUGGCACAGCCGCUUUAUCAUUGAAGCGACUCCUCUAAGGGAGGUUGGUAAAAGCACGCAUUUCAGAAAAAUACAGAAACCCCUUCUGCCAGCAGAAGAGAUGCUCGAGUCUGUGUUCGGGCUUUCCACUAAGUUACUUGGGCUUAAAAUUCUUGCUUUAGUGGAUUGAAAAUAAUUACCAUCCUUUCCCACCUGCUCCCUCUUACAAGGAAUGCAACUUAACAUCUUUUCACUUACUCUAAGUCCUACUCUGUCCAAGAGCUGGACUACUUCAAAGCCCGAUUCAGCUGCUGGUAAGCUAACACCUAUGACACAACAUGAAGUAGAAAUACCUAUUUCUCCCAUUUUGUUUUUCUUGUACAACAGGAAAUGAGCUUUUAUCUUAACACCUAUGUAUCUAUCUUUUCAAUGUAGCUUGGAGGCUAGUUCAGAUGUGCAAUAACUGUUUGAAAACCACUACAGGAAUAGUUAAACGGUUCAAAAUAAAACUGAUUUCUUUCCAGUUCCUGUAUUUAAGAUAUCAGUGUAAAGACUGCCUCCACUAAUUAAUAAACGUUCAGCUAUACGAGCAGCUAGUUUAAAAAAGCUUUAUUUGCACUAGUUUCCACAAAGAAUAGCUGUUAAUGUGAUUAGACUAAAACUUUAAUUAUGAUUUGACUGUAAUAACAGUAAGUCUAUGCAUUUCAGAGAAAUAUUUUUAUAUGUUUUAUGCAGUUUGAUAGACUCUAAGGCACACUAAGUUUCAUUGUUGUUUGGUUUUCUUUGGACAAUAAAUUGUUGGUAAUAACUGAAACUAAGUUUACAAAACUUACUGUUCUUCCAAGGACUUUUGUUUGCACUACAAACUGAUACUGAACUGACAUUGCUACUCUUCAGUUCUAUUAAAAUACUGGUUGUUUAAAGUAUUUAGAUGUCUUCCCUUUUCUUUGUUGGCUGGGGGGGGAAUGACACACAAAACAACUAGGGUGGACGUUAAAAUUUUAACGCAACUUUGAAAAAUCACAUAGCCGUAUGUUCUGAACAACAAAUAAAAGACACGUCAAGGUGCCAAACAGUACGGCAAAAGCAUGGGGGAAGUGCUUACUUAAAUAAGCUACAUGUUUUUUGCAUAGCAUACCUAGAAAAUCUCAGGUUUUAUCUUGGGCUUGAGCUCUGAAGAUGACACUUUUCACAUAGACCAAUGUAUUGCGGAGACACUCAUUGUAUUUAAAUCUGAAGGAAAGUACUGGAAAGGCAACGUGUUUCCUAUGCUCUGAAAUACGGAAUUUUUCCUUCAACUUCAAUGCACCAAAAUCUCUGCUAUUAGCUGUGCCAAAAUGGGAAUCCCAGCCCAAGUUACUAAAAGGUUCCUCAUUUUUACCAUUUAUACCUGUCCAAAAUAAGUAAAGGAAAAUGCUGGUCCCCAUAACAAUUACAACAUAAUUGUAAUUACAUGCAAUGUAAGGUGCAAGACAAACAUUUUAGCCAAAUCAAUAAGUGACACGUUCAUUCAUGCAGUGGGUGAAUCCUGUCUCUUCCUCAAGUUUAGAGAGGAAAAGGUGUUUGUAAAGUGUCAGUAUUAGAACUUAACUAUAAUUUUACCUGCUUUCACUCACAUGAAUUCUCAUGUAUUUCCAAUAAAAAGAACAGCCUCCUUUCUGCUGUGGCCACAUAACCACAUCUGCUUUGGAAAAGUAAAGUCAGAAAGGGAUCACGGCUGUCUGCAAGUAGUAUCCCAGCUUAUCAGAAAAGCAGUGCUCCAUUUCACCAGAGGGACCAACCUGCAGAUCCUUUGCAAGUGCACUUCCACAAACAGAUGACAAAGGCACACCGACACCAGCACAAGCAACAGAAGUGUUUUGUCCACAUAUGACUACCGUUACCUACAGAAUCAAGUCCUGAAUAUUGACACAAAGGAUAACGUAUUUUUUAAAAUGUGAGUUUAAUGUCUUACAGACACAGCACUGAAGUACACUUUACUGUCUCACUCCUGACUGGGACACAUAGCAUGGACUUUUCCAGCAAGAUCUACGUUUGCUUGUGCUAUAGCCUUACAAGAAAGCGCCAAGGAUGUUUCUUUUACCUUAUCUGUGGCAACACGCAAAUCAUGCAUGCUUACCAACUGCAUAAAGUUGUUAAGUAAUGUUCAAAACUGAUACUACAAUGCAAAUGUAAAGGCAAGCUGAUGGUCAGUCUCAGCAAUGGCAUCUUUCUGAUACUAGUACAGAAGCUUCUGCUCUAUAAAUGCUUAAGGCCUACGUUUUUAUUGUGAAAUUUCCGUAACCUCUUAACUAAUUGCAGAAUAAGCCACAGCAUAGGGGACAUGGAAUCCAACAACAGUAACUGCUGGGAACUAAGUGUGAAAGGAAAUACUAACUGAUGGCACAGCAAGAACAAAAACAACCACCCCAACCACCACAGAAUAACUAAACAUCCAAAUUAGUGGACUAAGCUUGAAGACAUGAGUAAAUUUAUUAGGAAAGAAACUUAUUUAGUAUUAAAUGUUCAAUGACAGAGACAAUCCAAUUUGUAACAGAAAUUCAAAGAUACUUUAUUUCCAUUUCUGGUAUAUCAAGAAGCUAGGAAUAGCUUAGUUGUAAAAAUGGGAUUCAUUUUAGUUCGAUUCACACAAAUACUAAACAUUUAUUCUUGAGUUUUAAAGUCCAAGAAUGAAAACUUGCAAUUAAACACUGAGCAAGCCAUGUGUUCAGGUUAUGUUGGUUUCUUAUCUUAAAAAGUCUUAAAGAAAAAAAGGAUACAGGACUUAUAUUCUCAGUAGCAUAUGUGCUAUCAACACAUCUUUCUGAACUCUGGCAGGAAACACCAGUCCUGAAUUAAAUUUUAUAAAAAAAAUUCUAACUCAACUUAUAUUUUUCUACGCCACUACAGCUUUCUUUCACCUCAUUUUAAAGCAGAUCUUCAUUUUAAGCUGUCUUCCGCCGUCUUCGCAGACUCUUCACGUAGUAGUCCUAUAAUGCAAAAUUUUGGGAAAACAGACAAUUAGACAACGUAAAGAGCAUUUAGUUUACCAAGUCCUAUAUACUGGCCCAGUUGUUAGCUGUCAUCUUAACUCUACAAAAAUGUCAACAUUGAACAGUAUCAGCUUUAGAAGCAAUAAUGUAGCAUUAAUAGUUUAAUGACCAACAUUACAUGUUCAAGGGUUCCUAGCAUAAACAAUUAAGCUCUACUAAUGGCUUAUGUUGCAAGAACCUCAUUUAUCAGCUGCAUCUGCAUCAUUGUUAGUUCCUUAUAUCAGGAACAGAACUAAAAAAACCUUGUGCAAAAGUAAGAAAGCUACAUCACGAGUGGGGAAAACACUUCCAACUUUUCUUUUUAACACAGGAUUUGCAUCUCCUAAUGUUAACAGUUUUAUUUCCAACAAAUAUUUUUUCAGCAUACAUUCUUGCCAUGAACAUUGUAAUCAUCUUGUGGCAUCUGCCUUUUAUUUACAUUUGCCUUAGAAGUCUGUUAUCAGCCAUUCCACUUCUCUGUACUAUGGCUGACUGCAAAUUCUCCUACGCAGUAGGAAAUAUUAAACACAUACCUCUUAAAGACUUGAAUUGCAUUGAAAGUAACAAGGCGAUUAUUAUGUAGUGUUUAUUGCAUUUUAAACUCUUUAAAGAUAUCUAAUUCUGGGCACCACUGCAUCCCUACACACAGUUGAAAGAAAAUUCCAUUCUGUUAACAUCAGAUUUACAGUAUUCACACAAUACACAAAAAGUCCUUUUCACUAUCUUGAAAAUCAAAAACACAACAGUAAGCUUAAAGAUUACAGGCAACAGCAUUCAAACAUGGAUGUGGGUAUAGAAAGGAGUACCUGGCAUGAGUACCUGCUUAGUUUGACUGAAUCCUUGAUUUUUAAUUUGGCUUUUCAUGGGCCGCUCACAACACCAACGCUGUGUGAGGUAUGGUAGUCAGCUGCAAUAAUUCAUAAACCCUACACUUCCAUCAAUCCAAUGCUACUGGCUCUCGAGUUACAGAACAAACUGCAUUAGAAUGCAAGGCAAUAAAGCAAAAAAACUAGAAACAUCCUUGACAAAGAAAUACUAGCAGUUUAUAUAAAAACAAAGUAGUCCAACAUGUGCCUCAAAUAUUAAGUAUUAAAGCAAAAGUUUCUGCUGAUGUACCAACACAAUAUGGACUUAAAUACAAAAACAGUUCAACUUUUUUUUAAAAAACGAUAACAAAAUCCCUAAAAAUAAAAAAGGAUAAUUAAUUUUUUUCUAUGGUGACUAUAUUACAAAUAUGUCCCAAAGAGGCACACUAAUGGGGGCACGAGUCUGCUACGAAAUAGCUGAGACAAAACAAUGUACCUCAAAAUGUUUUGCAGGACUACACUGUCUUUUCCUUCAGAAGGUGCUUUAGUAUGUCUUCUUACUUGGCUUAGUUCCAUCUUCAUCUGUGCAUACUUACGCUGCACUGUUAAACAGUAACAAAAAGCCCUAAUCAAAGUUUGAAAUAAUGCACUUACCUCUGUCUGAUCUGAGGUCAUAUCAGAUCAGUUUUAAUUGGACUGAGUGUCACCUUCAGAUUUAAUGUCUUCACUGGUCCCAUUGACCUCAUUCUUAGUAUCACUCUCCUUCGAGUCUGUAUUUGUGUCUUCACUCUGUUUUUCUCGACUACUGGACUUCACACUACUUUUUUUAUCAUCAGAUCCCCUCUUUUCUGCCAUGAAAGAAGACAUUGACCAUGGAUUUCAAAGUAAAAACAAACAUCGCACAUGUGAGAUACAUUGCAUACAAAAUAGGACAAUUAUUUUCUAUAUAAUACAGUAGUCUACAGUAAUAGCAGUAAUACUCGAAGUUAUAGAAACAGGCUUCAAUCUACCAUCCUGCAAUGGACAGGGUACCAAAAAAAAGUCAAAGGGGACAGUGGGGGCAGGGGGAGAAGGACAGAUCUAACAGAGGCAGCUACACAGCUGUCUGCUGAAAUAUACAAACUGGGGGGAGCGAGGCAGUCAAGAAGUUAGGCAAGUAUGAUGCAUGGCGAUCGGCUUCCUUACUUAUUAUAGGACUCUCUUUGUCCCCAGGUUUAAUUUGUGAUGUGUACGGACAAUGCAUAAGCGCAUUAUCAAAUAAGUCAGUCUUUGCCAAGUUAAAAAAAAAAAAAUUAGCAACCCCAAACAAUCAAACACUCAGGAAACAAACAAUACUUAAGAACAGUUAGCUCUUUGUAGGUGGGGAUCACAGUAGAAAUCAAAAUUAACCGUAUUAGACAGCGCAUCACAUAAGCUGUACGCUUGUCAGCAUUAUUUAUUCUCAAUUCUAUAAAAACUGCGUUUUUAAUUCACUCAAAAAAGGCCUGGAAAGACAGUUUGGAAGGUACAUAAAAAGCAGUAUUUUCCAAACACAAAGAAGAGAAAAAUGAAAAGGACCCCACAAUUUCAUCAUGAAUUAGAAAGCUGACUUGCAACUGAAGAGGUCACUACACUGCUGAGAAAACCUCGUCUUUCCCUCAAUAAUCUUCAAAGGAGGAAGGAAGCCAGAAGUAAAAGUAUUUCCGUGGAAAGAAAAACAUUCAAUAGCAGAGCUACAUGCCUCAAUCUGUAAAUUCAGUAUUUGCAAAUUUAAUAAAAAUAACCAUUUUUCCUCUAUUACUACACACCAUAAUAUUAAACCUUUCAUUAGUAAAGACACUUCAGAGAAAAAAAUAAAUCAAAAAAAAAGACCUCUCAGAUGUCAUCAUAUAGAACAACAUUCUUGCUUGUUUUUCUGAUUGUUCCCUGCUAUAUGGGCAAUUAAAUAUAAAUAUAUAUAUAUAUAUCCCCAAAACAGAAGCACACGGAUUGAACACUGAAAAAGUUAUUUUAAACAAUGUUAUCACCUAGACUGGCAUGACACACUUUUAUACUUCAGAAGGCAAAGCAGAAAUUAAGCUUCGUAACAGAAGCAACAUCCCAACUUCACUGUUUUUAAUACACCACCAAAGGGAGGGGGAAACCCCCAUACAGAAAUUAGGGCAACUGCCUAAAAGCACUACUACUGAGGUUUCAUCGGAAGCAGCACAUCCAGUGCACGGUGCCUGGAGAAAACACACAGUGACGUCCAAAAAACUACCUGAAGAACUACAAAUUUUGUAUCUGUCUGCCCUCGGUUUUGCAACUCCGCAGGUAGAUUGCACUCUAACUAACCUUGUUAAAAAGUCUUCUUUUUGUGUCUUAUAGGUAUCUCCGAUGCACACGUAGAUCCACUGAGGAAUAGUAGUCUUGUUUCCCCGCAGAGGACUAGUAGUCAGUCCAAUAAUCUUAUCUUCUGUCCUAUGUAGAUAUGGUAGAUCUUAAUAGCCCUAUGGAUGUGCAGUGUGCAGGGUUUUGUCUUUUGUUUGUUUCUUGAAUUUGGUCAGGAAGGAUUAUUUUGUUUAAGGUUAAAAAACUACAAUUAACCUGUGGUAUGAAAGACGAAACUCUAACACCUUCAAUAAUAAAAUAGUUUUACCAUAGCAAACCUCCUGUUUGCCAAGCAGAACUGAUCGUGUGUAUUCAACAGCCCAAUAAACUAAACUUCUUUCAAAUCCUGGAGUAUCUGCAAGCAACUGUUAAGUUCCUUCACUGCAUUUUCAAUCACUCAGAUUUCUUUCUUUAAAAGCACAUACAAUUAGUUUGCUGUUGAUACUCUGCAUAUAUUAUUUUAGCUGUGAUCUAUUAGGUAAAACCACGAAUUUACUUUGCUUCCUAAUUCAACAUAUGCACCUUUUUCUGUUCGAGCUCAUGUGGGAAACUGAAAUUUACUUUAAGAAUUCUUACCAAGAUAAUGUGAAUGGUUUUACUAUUUGGAGAAUGUAAAGUCACUUUGUUAAACAUCCUGUAUUACUGACAGUUUGAGUGUUUUGACAUUAUUUGCUGACGUUUAAUGACUAACAUGAAAACACAAUCACAAAUGCAAUUAUUUUUAUAUAAGUUUAAGAAUCCAUAAGGUAAAGAGCCAAGUAAAAGUGGUCUGGUGGCAAGUUAACCCUCCAUAAGAUGAAGGUACUUGCAAAACAGAUUAUCUUUUUCUCCAAUUAUUUAUUCCACCUACGCUGAGGUUAGUUUACACCAACAGUAGUUACGUUAAUGCUCAACUGGUGUUUCUGAUUGGCAGUCUCCCCUCCUUCAGCAAAUGUCUCCCUGCUCCUGAAACCCAACUCAGAAAUUGUGUCUCCAUUUUUACAUAUACUGUCUUCUUAUAGCCUUGAAAGGUCACAGCAUUCCACAGUAUUUUAGUGAGUAAGAAGCCAGGACUUCUGAAUUUUCAAAGUAUGGCACUGAUUUAAUGUGUAACAGUGGGCAAGUCUCGGAUAACUUGCUUUUUUUUUUUUCCCCUGUAAGUCAUGUUUGCAUGUUUAUAAAGCAGUUUGAGACUUCAAGAUGAAAGGCACUACCGCAUGUGUUACAGUCAGGCCUUUGCUGCUGCUUACUUCUAUAAUUGCAGAUCAAUGGUGUAUAUAAAGACAAAUUCUGAAGCCAGUAUUCCCAAUGGAGCAGUAAAUGUAGUUAAGACUACUAGAGUAGCCAGCCACACACUUCAGAUGUAUGAACCCCUAAAGCCAACUGCUGAAUUAACUGCCUACAAAGCCACAUGGCAAGUGUGAGGAUGUAACGGUGUUUACAACUUCAUCAUAUAAAUUCAACACUUGUGUGUUAAAUACUGAUCGCCUUCCCUGCCUUUUAUCUCCCUCUCACUGGAGGGAGAAACACAAACUUCUUCACCAUUACAGUCCUGCUCUACGGCUUUUUCAUAUUUCUACAAAUGUUAUAGUUAAAAAAAUAAGUUAUUGAUUUUCUCAGGUAGAAAUUUCAUCACAGCUCAAGCAUCACCUCACUUCUCAUUUCUGGAGGAAGAAGGUAGCAAGCAGCAAAUAAAAUGGCCAGCAAGGAAAUUGGUCAAGUUUAAGCUAAAAAUACUGUUAUGCUGAAGAAAGUUCACUAACUCUUCUAUUUAUGGAAAGAUUCAGGAGAGAACUGAAAAGCCUUAAGUGCAAUAAACAGACCAAGUUUGAAUAAACACACAUAGUUAUUUAUAUGGACAUAUACACAGAGUACUGAAGAGGACAUUCUUGACCAAGUACCAGAAGUCUGUUCAUAAAAUAGGCAAAAAAAGGCACAGCAUCAGGUAAGAAGAAAGUAACAAAUGGACAGAUACAGGCUACGAUACUGUGUUUGAAUUUAAACACUACACGUCAGUUCCACUGCCAGCAAGCAGGCAGCAAAAAACACUUGCCAAUAAAGGGCAAAGCAAAAUCAGAGAUGAAUCAAUACUAAAGAUGCACUGUGGUAUAAAUCAGAAAAAUUAAAACGGUCCAAGAAAAUCAGGCAAUGAAAACACAUGAAGCAUCACCUAUGUUUCAGGAACUAAUCCGCUGAAAAAAAACAUGGAAAAAAGGUAUAGCAAACAGGCCUAUGCAAUCAAGAAACAUGCACAUAGCACCUUUCAUCCCGGAGAACCUCAAAAGUACCUUAGAAACAUAACAGAAUUGUUACAUCCAUUAUUGACAGUCAGCUCUGAUGAUGAAGUGGGGUGGCUGUUUCGGAGUGGACAUUAGUCAGUACCCCAGCAAAGCCUGUAGUUUAAGCCAGAAGUUAGUACUAUAUUCCUCCAGAAGUUUCCAAAGACUUUUGAAGCGGGAAUUUAACAAUGACAAUGAAAUAACGUUUUUUUUUCCACCAAAUGCAAAUCUCUCAUGUUUUCUCUGCAGCUCUUUUAAACCCUACUUAAAGGUAAAAUUUCAGAAUAUCAGCCUUUGAUGAAGCAGUGAGUCACUAUUAAUGCUGUUGUACAUGUAUGUACUGCUAUAAAGCAUUCUGAGCACUAGCAGUACAGCAUUCCUUUGAGACUCACCUGAAUAAUGACAAGGCAAAUCUCACUUCAUUGAGAAAAAAAAGUGGGGGAGGGGAGGAGGCAGGGGCAAGCAGAAGGGAG